AUGGCAGCUACGAAAGUUUCAGAAACAUCUGCUCAGUUGACAUCUUGUAAAGCUAUUUUGUUGGUGCUGGUUGGAGAACCGGUCAAUCCAGCACAGAAGGAUUCAGUCAUUUCUGAAUUAGAGAAAGGCAUAAAAUCAUGGAAUGUUGAGAUGUCUGGUUGUAACAUCUUUGAUGAACUUGAAACGGCACAGACCACAUUUACCAUCAAUGAUGAAGGUUCUCAUGGAGAAAAAGUUCUGACUUACAAUUCAGAUGUGGUUUCGAUUGAAGUCUUAAUCUAUCCAACAUUUAAACUUGCCCAGAGCAAACUGAAACAGUUUUUCACCAAAGAAGGUUCUUAUAGGCACCUUGUAUAUGCAGGACCAUCUGUUAGGGGAGCCAGUAAGUGGAUCUUACAAGAUGCUCUAUUCAGUUGGAACAACUUCUUAGAAAUUUUCCAAAGUUCUGAAGUAUUAAAUGCCAUCAAGCAAAAUGUAGUUCGUGGACAUGUCAUCAUAAAUUCUUACGUUGACAACAAUUUGCUUGACGUGAAGUUUUCAAAAGCAACUGGUUUAUCAUUUAAACUGAAUGCCCCACACCAGGAGAGGGAAGAGAAUGUUGAUAACUUCAUAGCUUAUAUUUCACAAUUUGUUGUUGUAGAGGAAGCAAACAUCCUCCUGAGGUCAACAGAUGUUGUUGGCAACAUAAGGUUUAACAGGCCAACAAUUUACAUAUUUCCAGCUUGUCAGGGUGAUUCAGCAUUAUUUGGAAUCAAUGGAUUCAACCUGCUAGUUGAUGGUGGCUACAGUAAAAAGUCAUGCUUUUGGGAUUUUGCAAGACACUUGGAUAGAUUGGAUGCCAUCUUGAUUUCUCAUCUAUCCAUUGAUAAUUAUUUUGGUAUUAACUCCCUUUUGAUUAAAAAAUUUAAAGAUGGUUUUCAGCAGGAAAUAGGCUGUGUUUUUGUUAACUCCAUUAAAGAUACUGCCAAGUUAUGUGACAAUGCUAGUAAUAAUUGCAUUGAUGUUGAUUCACUUUCUAAAGCUUCAGUUCUCAUAGAAUCAAUGAAACUGAUGAAUAUUAUUUUCAAGCCAUGCUUCAACAAUAGCAACAUGCAACCAAUCAAUCUCUAUCACAAAGUUGGCCAUGGUUCUUUGGAUCUCUUUGUUCUCAGUCCAUCACAAAACAGCAAGAGUACAAAUGAAUUUCUUUCUAUGUGGAGCAAGAAUGUUGACCCAUUUGUAUCAAAGGUUGGCCAAGCCAUAAGUGACUGUGUCUCAAUUUGUGCAAUAUUGGUUUGGAAACCUGCAUCUCCACAUGAUACAAUUACCAGGCUGCUUCUCCCUGGAGCUGUCAAUCAAAGUGUUCUCUUUGAAGGAAUGGAAAAACUAAAAAAUAUUUCUUUGUUUCAUCAACCGACUUGCAGAGAAAAAGAUUUGAACCCACACAAACCAGAAAAAAAACCUGCCAAGCUGGUUACAAAAACUGAUGUAACAUCUCCAAGAUCCGAUCAUUCUGGUAAAAGCAAAAAUACUUGGCCUGCUAAAAAAGAAUCAGUUGGUAAUGAUCUCAAUAAAUCUAACAAAAAGGAAGAUGCUGGUACAAAUUUGAAAAAAGAUAAGAUCAAACCUGAAUUAAUUGACGAUAAUAAAGAGACGAACAGUAAACUUGUUGAUGAAAAUAAAGAGCUACCUACUGUUGAUGCAAGUGUUGAAGUUUUAAAUGCUCCAAUGCCUGAAAAAGAUGAAAACUUGAUAAUUGAACCAACCGUUUUGAAUUUUAAUGCAAUUAAAGCAGAUUCAAGUGAACCUGCAAAAUCUCUUGGUGAUGUCGUUACAAGUGUUGAACAAGUGCAAACAGAUUCAAGAAAUGUUGAGCUUUCCAGACAAGAUAGUUUAGAAAAUAUUGAAGAAGCUGUCUUGGAGCCUGGUGAUGAUAAGUUGGAUGGGAUCGACCUUAGUGAUCCAAAUAGUCUGAAUAUGGGCAAACUUCAAGAAGGUCUCUCAGACACUGUAAAUCAAUUUGAUUCUAUUUCAGACAAGGUUGAGGUUAAAUGUCAAGGUGAUGAAAUCAAGGGCUUACAAGAUCAAUCAAGUAACAAUGGAGAGAAGGAUGAGAAAGAUGUGUUUGGUGAAUUAAAUACCUGGGACAAACCGCUAGGCGUUCCUCCCCCAUACAAGAUGUCGCACAAAAUAACUGCUCCAUCUUCAAGCAAGAAACUUACAGCUAGGGGAACUUUGCAAACCGGCAGAACGGGCCCAUCUAAAUUUGGACAAAAGUUAGGAAAUGUUAUAUACCUGGAUUUGGCGUACAUACCUCAGCACGGCGACCCUCAUCAUGUUGAUGUUGAUUUUUUCAAAAGAGUCAGAGCAAGGUAUUAUGUUCUUUCAACAAUCUGUCCAGACGCAGUAGUGCUGACUGCCCUUCUCGAAGGCAAGCAGACCUGGGAGGACCCGAGUUUGGAGGUGACCAUCAUUCCAACGUACGACACCGAGGUUCUAAGGUACUGGAUGGCUGCCCAUCAAGGUCAGUUGAGUCAGUUGAGAAUCAACGUUGCUCCUGCAGCCAACAGAUGCACCAUUCAACUGCAGGACCACGAGACCAGUUGUGCUGCUUACAGAUUGGAAUUUUAAAAAGGCCGAUGAUGUUUUGUUCAGUGUUUUUUAUAUUUUAACAAUGCUAUUUCCAUUUUCUUACGUUAAAUUAGUUGCUAACAAAUUGCUUUUAAAGUGUGCUUAUGCUUUUAAAAAUUUGAAUCGCAAAAAACUUAACGCCGCAUCAUGCUACGCUAUCUGUAAUGUUUUAAUUUUAAUAACUUUUGGUUUUCAGCUUAAUUUUAUAUUCUAAUUGAUAUUGUCCAUAAUUAUUGUUAUUUUAACAUUAGGCCUUUUGCAUUCUUCAAAACAUUUCUGAACUUUAUAUCUACAUACUUACACGUUACACUUACAAUAUAUACAUGUUAUUUACUCAUUGUUUUUUUUGACUGCUACUUCAAUCAUGCAUACAUUCGUUUAUUCAUUCAGUCAUCCACGUUUAUUUAAUCACUUUUUUUGUUUGAUUGUCCAUUUUGAAGCUACUUUUGGAUUUAAACAUCCGAUCACUCAAGCGUUUUUAAAAAUUUACUACGGAAAUUUUUUUUGAAGUUAAUAUUAAAUGAUGAUGAUGAAUUUAUAGUUGCAUCUCAUGAAUAUCUAGUCACUUUCUCAUCGUCGUGUUCAUCUUUAUUAAUGUUUAUUUAUUAAUUUUUUCAUUAUAAGCUUGUUUUUUAUUCAUUGUUAGUAUAAUAAACUCAUUAUUGUAAAUAAA